AAAAACAAACAAUAUAAAAUAUUAAACAACUAUGGCCGAAGCUCCUUCAAGUGAUGGUGCUGAAGAUAAAAAGGAGUCGAGGACAAAAAAAAUUAUUAAAUUAGUUUUACAUAUUCUAUUCCACAUACUUUUGAUUGCUUACUUUAUAUGGAUCACGAUUGUAUUUGUGAGGUUCGAUAAAAAUGGAUCCGAAUGCAAUGAGCCUGAGAAGGACGAUACUACAGCACAGCCAACGGCACAAACUAAAGCUGAUGAGAAUACAGAAGUGAAAACGACGGCUGUAUCAGGAGUUACAACAACAACAACAACAACUGAAGCACCAUCCAAGGAAACAGUAUGGAGACCUCAUAUCCUUUGUGAAUUGAACUGGUGUAUUGGCUACGGCUUCUUUGUUAUCAUGUUUGUCACCUUUUAUUUAUUUUGGAUAUAUUAUUGGCUCUUCAAGCCAUAUGUUGGACAGAAACUAUAUGAUGACAAGAUUGAGCCAGUUAUCGAUAAAUGGCUUAUUUUCAGUCGCAAAACUGUAAUAUCCAUUAUAAUGCUGGUGAUUGUUAUUCUUUUGGUCGGAGCAUAUUUAGGUUUUGAGUGUCGAGAUGAUGUCAAGAAAUUGAUUGGAAUUUCUGGACCCGUUCUCUUUCUGCUUCUGGGAUUUGCGAUCUCCAAGAAACGCAGCGCGAUUCCAUGGCGAAUUGUCGUUCAUGGACUCUUGGGACAAUUGAUACUGGGUAUAUUGUGCAUACGUCUGCAAGUCGGCAGGGAUAUAUUCAAUUGUGCCGGCGAGAAGGUGUCCCGUUUUCUAAGGUUCACCGAUUAUGGCGCUCGUUUCGUAUAUGGCGAUCGAAUCUGCGAUGAAUAUGUAUUUGCAUUUGCCAUAUUGGCUGUCAUCUUUUUCUUCAGUGUGGCCACAUCAAUACUGUAUUAUCUGGGCGCUAUGCAGUUCUUUUUGGGCGCCUUUGGAUUCCUGUUGCAGUCAACGGUGGGCACAACGGUCUGCGAGAGCGUCAAUGCCUGCGGCAAUGUAUUUCUUGGCAUGUCAGAGAGUCCAUUGAUGGUACGACCCUAUAUCGAAUUGCUGACCAAUAGCGAGUUACACUGCAUAUGCACAUCGGGUUUUGCUACCGUUGCCGGCACUGUCCUCGGCGCCUAUAUAUCCUUUGGCGCCUCGCCGGCCUAUUUAAUCACAGCCAGUGUUAUGGCCGCACCCGGCGGACUAGCUAUUGCCAAACUCUUUUAUCCGGAAACUGAAGAGUCCAAGACAAAAGCCGAUAAUAUUCAGCUGGAAAGAUCCACAGAUAAAUCUCUUAUGGAUGCAAUUUCUACUGGUGCUGCCAAUGCUUUAAUGAUUGUUUUAGGCAUUGUUUCCAAUAUUAUUGCCUUUCUAGCGUUGAUAUACUUUUUUAAUGCUGUCACCGAAUGGUGUUUCGAGUUGGCGGGCCGGAAUGGAGUCACAUUUACAUAUCUGCUUACCCUGAUCUUUAUACCAGUUGUAUUCGUAAUGGGAGUGCCCACAUAUGAUUGUGAAAAUAUUGCAAGGGUAGUGGCCGAAAAGACUUUCAUCAAUGAGUUUGUUGGUUACAGAUCACUGGGUGAACUAAUCGUCGGAAAUAAGAUUGAUGAACGCAGCGCUGGCAUUGCUACCUUUGCGCUUUGUGGUUUUGCGAAUCCAGGUUCUUUGGGAAUUAUAAUAGCAUCACUGAGUGCCAUGGCUCCGAGUCGACGGAGCGAUAUAGCAAAUGUCGCAGUUCGGGCCUUAGUAGCUGGAACCGUCGUUAGCUUCAUCUCGGCUUCCUUUGCUGGUAUCUUAAUUCAAGAAUCCGAACUAAAGCAACUGGGUCAAAAAUUCUUAUAUAUUAUGGACGUGGACGAUGUGAGUGUUGGCCAAUAUAUGUACAAUGUUUAAACAGAAAUAAAAUGUAUAUUAACUAGCUUGA